UCCUUCGUCUCUCUCUCUCUCUCACUCUCUCUCUCUCUCUCUCUUCUUUCUAUCUCUCUCUGAAACCCUGGAGAAAACUCGAGAGAAUUCCGGCGAGCAAUCUCUCAUCGGAUCGAUUCCGGCGAAAACCCUCUCCGAAACAGUACCUGACGCCAUUGCAAUGCACCCCUUCCCAGCCCCCUUUGGCCUUAUCGAGUGGGAGAAGGAGCGGUAGCGCUAUCGGAUCCGAUCCUGAUCUUUAGCUAGGUUUUCUACCUGUUAAGGUUUGUUUUUGCUCUCUGUUUUAUUGAUUUUUAGGGUUAGGGUUAGGGUUUUGUUUUUCGAUGGCUUCGGCGGCGGCGCCGGCGGGUGAAGGGGUGGAGAUGGUGGCAUGUGGGUGUUGUGGGAUUAAGGAAGAGUGCACAGUGGAGUACAUCGCGAAGAUGAAGGCAAGGCAUGGGGGGAAGUGGGUUUGUGGGCUUUGUGAUGAGGCGGUGAAGGAGGAGGCGCGGCGAGCUGGACGGCGGAUCUCGAAGGAGGAGGCGUUGGAAAGGCAUACUAGUUUCAUUGAGGCGUUCAGGACUGCGACGGCGGCGGCGCGAAGUGAUAGCGGCGAUGAUCGGCUCGUCGCUGUUAUGCGGCAGUUGCUUCGUCGGAGCAUUGACUCACCGCGCUCUGUUGCGAUCCAGUCCACGCCGAGAAGCCCGAGGCGAAAGGCCGAUGACGGCGGCUCCAAGGCGGCGGCGCUUUCUCGAUCCAAGAGUUGUUUUCCGACGCUGGCGCAGUGAAGGAAAUGAAACUGCUUUGAGAUUCGUGUUUUCCUUUAUUAAUGUCUCCCGAUUAGCGUUUAGGAUGAAUUUUUCUUUCUUUCUGGUUUUUUUCCUUUAGUUUAAUGACUCCGUUAAAUAAAUAAAUAAAUAUUUAAUAAAUAAAUAAAUUCUGGAAUUUAUCCUUUUAUUC